GGUAGCGCCAGCAGUGAAAACCAACGACGAAUUGCAAUACGUGGUGCAGCAUUCCGGGCGAGGGAUGGAGAUGGAAGCGCAGCUACAACGUGGAGCACUUCGACUACAGGAUAAGCUCUUUCAUAAUGAAGAUGAAGUCUCGCUUACAGAAGAUUCUGAAGGUGAGCAGGAUGAUGAUUGCGAUGUGCUCCGCUAUUAUACAAAUAUCUGCGCUAUAGGUGAGAUCUGGGAUUCUGAAAGAGAGACGAGUUGUGCUGUUGCUGUGAGCGAGUGCGAUGAGUAUGAGGGGGGGGGAGAAGAAAGGUGGGCUAACCUGAUGGCACUCUCUAACCAGGCUGAGGAUGAGAGUGCAGAUGGUGAUGCAGAGAGGGAAUAUGCCGCUGAUGAUGCAGGUGAGAGGGAGGUUGCUGAUGAGAGUGCAGAUGGCAAUGGAAAGGGGGGAUAUGCUACUGAUGAUGCAGCUGAGUGGGAAGGAGAGUGGGGGCGAUUGGUAAUGGUAGAAAUGGCGGCAGCGGCAGCGGCGACGGCAACAGUAACGACAACAACUUCAACAACAACAAUAGUGGAGGUGGAGCAGGGGUUGGAAGACGAGAGGCAAGGAAUGGGUGGGAUUGGCGAGACGGGCGGGAUGGUCGACAACAACAAUGACAAUACCAUCAACGACAACAAUAACAAUAGUAACUUCAACAACGGUGGCGAGCGGCGAAUGGGCGAACUGGGUGGGAUAGGCAUGAAGGAGGAUAACAACAACAACAACAACAACAACAACAACAACAACAACAACAACAACAACAACAACAACAACAACAACAGUAACAAUAAAAACGACGGUGAGCAGGGAUUGGGGGAAAAGGGUGAGGUGGGUGAGAAGGAUGACACGGACAACAGCGACGACGACGAUAACAACAACAACAAUAACAAUAACAAGAAGAACAACAACAGCCACGACGACGGCGGCGGCGACAACCACGGAGGUAGUGGGGCAGAGAGUGGUGCUUCUGCAUCCUUGCUCCUUAUCAGCAUCAUGUGACAGAUGCCGUCAUCAGGGCAGUGGGGGGAAUUUCGUAGCUUGUUGCGGAUGGCGGAGUGGGGCUUGAGGUUGAAGGUACGAUUUGGUACUGUUCCCCCCCACUCCUACUCGGUGUUUUUUCAUGAUGAAUCGUCUCUUCUUUUCUGGCACCGGGUGGGGAUAGGAUAGAUGAUCUCCCUGCAAUGAUUAGGGUUGAUUGCCUCUUACCUGGCUGACCCUCAACUCUUAAUCACGAAAGGAUUGAUGAGAAUUGUGAGUGUUAUUGUUGGUGAAUACAUGCGCAAAAUGAUAUCUAUACACAUCAUUGUAUAGGACAUAUAUGCUUUAUGAGCAGGAGGUCAAUCCUUCCCUUGCGUUGGGAAGUAAUCAAUGCCUCUGCUCCUU